AUGGAUUCGUCCAGCUCGUCCGGCACAUACAGCCCCUCCAGAGGCCGACUCUCAAGACCAUCGCGAAGGAGGAGGCUGGUUCUGAGGCUGAGUCAGAAGGACACCCUGCAAGCACUCUUUCAACAGAACCCCUACCCCGGGAUAACGACCAGAGAACAGCUGGCGCGAGAACUGGGCAUUCCAGAAAGCAGAAUUCAGGUUUGGUUUCAAAACCAACGAAGAAGACGCCUAAAGCAGAGCCGAUUGCUGUCGGAGAAUGCCUUCAAAGGAGGGCAGUCGCAGCCGCUGCGGCCACCACCACCUCAGACUUUGACUCGAGAAAGCUUGGGAAGAGAGGCCAGGCGAAAGAGGACUUUCAUCUCUCCUUCUCAAACAAGGGUCCUUGUGCAAGCCUUUGAGAGGGAUCGAUUUCCAUCUAUUGCUGCCAGGGAAGAAUUGGCUCACCAGACAGGAAUUCCCGAACCUCGAAUCCAGAUAUGGUUCCAGAACCGAAGAGCUCGGCACCCAAAGCAGAGCGCUAGUGGGCCUGUGAAUGCCCUGGCUGAAGGCCCAGAUGCCACAUCAGCCGUGACUGCCCUGUCGGACCAAAGCCCCCCGCCCACUGUCCUUAGCAGCUCUCAUCGUUAUGCUCCCUCUCAUGCACCUGAGAGCACGCAAUCCUUUGCUGCGGCCACUCCUGUUUUCUCCCCCACCUUUCUUGUGCCAGGGGCUGCCUCUGGGUGCUGUGUGGGCCACCCGUUGAUGUUCAUCGUGGUCCAGCCCAGCCUGGCAGCACUUCAGGGAUGCCAGAACCCACAGCCUCUUCCGGCCACAGUUCCGUGGGGCGAAGGGACACAUGCUGUCAUCGCCAGUGGGCAGCCUGCCCAGGGGGCCAUCUUGCCGCCUGCACCGCCAGAGACACACUUCUGGCAGCAGCAGGCAACCUCAAGUGAAGAGACAUCUCCCCAGCUGGAGCAACAGACCCAGCACUCAGCCCUUCUAGGCUCCUCAAGCCUCCUGGACGAACUCUUGUCAGACGCGGACAUUCUGGACAAGGCAGGCGCUUUGCCGAAUGCGGACGCAGAGGAAGAGGAACUUGCGGCAACCCUGGAAGCCCCCCUCAGCGAGGAAGAAUUCCAGGCCUUGCUCGACAUGCUGCCAGGCUCCCCAGUGCCACAGGCUUAG